AUGGCGAAAGACAAGGAACGAUCUGUCAAUCCUGCGCAACAGCAACGCAAGCUCGAAAAGGCGAAACAGCUGAAAAAGAGUCGGGCCGAGUUACAAGCGCGCCGCAAUGAAAAACUGGCCCGCCGAAACCCCGAGCGCAUCCAACGCCAGAUCGAUGACCUCAAGGCUCUCGAGGCAGCGGGGGACCUCAAACCCAGAGAGCGGGCCAUCCUAGAAGACCUGGAACGAGAUCUGCGUGCUGUCAGAAAGGCACGAGAAGCUUUAGGCGACAAGGCUCCAGCCUUUGCCGGGCAAACACGCCGACAUGAUGGAGAGCGCAGCGGGACGACAUUAGGAAGAGAAGAAGAUACACCGCCACCGAUUCCCCGGGAGUUCAGGCGCUACUUCCCGCGCCGGGAAGACGGUGAGAAUGCUUCACAGCCGACGGUCCCGAGCACACAACUCCCCAUCAAACCAGGAACGAAGCCCAUAGAAGUGAAAACCACGUACGAAAGUGCCCCGCAGAUUCGUGAUCUCCGCAAAGAGGCUGUCAGCAGAUUCGUCCCGGACGUGGUCCGCAAGAAACAGGAAGCCGCGAAAGGUGGCCCCACGGGGCGCCUGCUGGAGCCCGAGGAGCUGGAUCGACUCGAAGCGGAGGGUUAUUAUCGAGGCAAGACGAACGACGCCGGACCACAGACCGCUGGUGAUGUAGACGAGGACGAGAAGGCAAGGAGGCUCGCCGAGGAGGAAGAGCGCUUUCUGCGCGAGGUGGAAAUGCAGGACCAAGCGGAGGACGCAGAAGACAAAGGGGAAGGCGGACAUCCCAGAGAGGCCCAGGAGUCACAGCACACACCACCACGAAGGAACGUGGAGCUCGAAGAAGUGGAGGAUGAGGAUGCGUAA